AUGAUUAACUUUAAAAAAGGCUAUAAGAAAAAUCGCCCUCGUCAAAGCGAAUCACGACGUCUUCAGAUCCUCCAGUGGAAUGCUGGAGGAAUGUCUCCGGACAAAAAGAUCCAAGUACAGAAAAUCCUACAAACCUAUGAUGUAGACAUUUUCACAAUUAUGGAAGCUAACAUUUCGGAUGACAAACUGAAGUACUACCAAUUCCCAGGUUACACCCUGUACAAUCUACCUAAAUACCGGCAAGUUGCAAGUGGAAUUCUAACUGGAGUAAAAGAAGGCCUCACCUCAUACCACUAUCUAAUCAAGAGUAUGGGCUCGACACAAGACAAAUGUGAAAUAAUCAGAUUAAAUGUUUGGAAAUGUCAAAACCACUUCAAGAUAGACCUCAACGUCCACUCCACCAGAUGGGGCUACAAGGAUACAAACAUAGGUGAGAAAGAAAUUGAAGACAUGCUAAACAGCAACAUUCUGGAACUUAUUUACAGCAAUGAGUAUCCGACUACAUAUUUGCACUACAAUGGAUCCAGAACAACCCCUGAUUUACUCUUGGCUUCAAGCGACAUCAGUGGGCAUACUCGCCACAAAAUAAUUGACGAUCCUGGUUCUGGUCACAAACCAGUCAUUGCUAAUGUGCAAAGAAAACUAUUCCCCGAGGCAAAACUAAACAAUUUCGAGUGUUUUGGUCUAAACACUGAGAAGCUGAAAAGAAAGAGGGACGCCCUUCGCAACACUGCUGAUCAGACUGGAAGAACGGAAGACCUAGCUGAACCAUUCAGACCUUGCGAACGUGAUGCUGCGAUAAAACAGCUAAAGUGCAAGAAGUCUCCUGGCGAAGACGAUAUUCAUCCAGAAUUUCUAAUUAGAAUCGGACCGAAAGCCAAAGAAACCAUGCUGACGCUUUACAACAAAAUCUGA